AUGACAAAAAAUUCAAUUAUUCGUCUACCUCCACUAAAUCCUCCAGAUGAAUGCCACAAAGAUGCUUGUGCUAAACAUUGUGAAUAUUUUGUCUACAAGGCGGCAAUUUCCGCAGAUCCAAUAUCAAAUGCAAAUGACUGCAUUGUUGUGGUAAUAUAUGGCCCACGGUAUGAAUUGGCUUUUAUUAGACUUGGAGACAGUAAAUGGACAUACUUCGAUGGAACUUGUUACAUUUUUGAAGAUAUUGCUCAAAUUGGAGAUAAAAGUUAUGUUCUUACAGCCAUUAGGAGAAAACUUUUUAUUUUUGAAUAUACUACUCAGCGCAUCCUAAAUGUAAAUGCGGUGGCACCUCUUUUUUUUGAAACAGAUUUAUACAUAAAGGCAUACCUUGUGGGUUCCAAUGAGGAGGAGUUAUUGUUGGUUCACCGCUAUAGUACUUUUACAUGUCAGUGUCGCGUGACAAAUGGAUUUAGACUUUUCAAAAUGGAUGAUGAUAAGUAUACGUGGAUUGAGAAAAAUGACUUAGGUGAUUUUGCUUUGUUUGUGGGUGAUAACUCUUCAAUAUCUGUCGUGGCUUCAAAAAUUCAAGGAUGUGAGUCGAAUUGCAUAUACUUCUACGAUGAUAAUGAUCUGACAAAAAGAGAUCGUUCGUUUACAGAUUUUGGGGUGUACAAUAUCAAAAGUCAAAGGAUUUUAAAGCCUGCACGUAUUAUGACCCUGAUGAAGAAGUUGAAGCAACCUCCAAUUUGGUUUUUGCCAUCAGUUUAUCUAUAA